UUGCCGCUCGCGCACGGUCUCUGUGGCGGGGGGCGAUGGCGGCGGGCGGCUGGCAGUGGCGGAGGACCCCCCUGCACCGGCGGACACGACGGGAGGAGAAUGGAAAGGAGGAGGAGGAGGAGGAGAGAGAGCACCCAGCAGAAUCCUCCCUGUUGAACAAGGCUGAUCCCGCACAUCCCCUGGUGGAGUCGAGGCACCACGUGGAGAUCCUGCAGCGGGACCCCAGCUCCCCGCUCUGUUCUGUUAAAUCCUUUGAGGAGCUGCCCCUGAAGAAGGAGCUUUUGCACGGGAUCUACAUGGCAGGCUUCAACCGGCCAUCCAAGAUCCAGGAGCGGGCUCUGCCCAUCAUGCUGGCAUAUCCGCCCCAAAAUCUGAUUGCCCAGAGCCAGUCAGGGACAGGGAAAACAGCAGCUUUUGUCUUGGCCAUGUUGAGCAGAGUUAAUGCCGCCGAGAAAUACCUGCAGUGCCUCUGCUUGGCUCCCACCUAUGAGCUGGCCCUGCAGAUUGGGCAAGUGGUCGAGACCAUCGGGAAGUUCUGCGCCAACAUCAAGGUUGCCUACGCUGUCCGGGGAAACCAAGUUCCUCAGGGCACAGCGCUGGAGGAGCAGAUUGUCAUCGGGACACCAGGGACGAUGCUGGACUGGUGUUUCAAACGUGGCCUCGUAGACAUGAAGAAGAUCAAGGUGUUCGUGCUGGAUGAAGCUGACAUCAUGAUCGACAUGCAGGGCCUCUCCUACCAAAGCAUUCGCAUUCAGAGGGCUCUUCCCAAGGACUGCCAGAUGUUUGCUGUUCUCUGCCACCUUCAAGGAAGCCGUGCGCGCGGUUUCGCCAUGCGGAUCGUAUCCAGUCCCAUCGUGAUAAAGCUGCGUGAGGAUGCUCACCUGAGCAACAUCAGGCAGUACUUCUUUAUAUGUGAGAGCCAGGAGGAGAAGUACAGAGCCCUCUGCAACAUAUACGGCAGCAUCACCAUUGGCCAGGCUGUCAUCUUCUGCCGGUAAUGCAGCUCUACUCGGAGGAGUGCAACCUGGCUGUCGGUGGAGAUGAGUGAGGAUGGGCACCAAGUGGCCAUCCUGACGGCAGAGCUGUCAGUACCGCAGCGGGCCAACGUCAUCCAGCGCUUCCGCGAUGGGAAGGAGAAGGUCCUCAUUGUCACCAAUGUCUGCGCCAGAGGGAUUGAUGUGCAGCAGGUCACCAUUGUGGUGAAUUUCAGCCUCCCCACCUAUCACAAGAGCAACGAGCCAGAUUUCGAGACCUAUCUCCACCGCAUCGGGCGAACUGGACGCUUUGGGAAGAAUGGCAUUGCCUUCAGCAUGGUGGAAAGCUGGAACAUCGGGCUUGUGCACAAGAUAGAGGAGCAUUUCCAGACCAAGAUCAGGGAGCUGGACCCAGAGGACAUGGAUGAGCUUGAGAGGCUGGAAAACUGAGUGAGGAGCAGGGGUGUACUGCCCCAGAUCCCAGUUUUGGUUCAGAAGCAGAAGAAAAAGUUACAGGGGAAGAUAUCCCAGUUCUUUUAGAGCUUCCCCACAUGGUUUGGUUUUGUUGGGAUGCUGGGAAGAGGCAGGGGCGCCCUCGGCCCCAGCGGUUCUUGUUUUGUUCUGAUUCUGUGGCUGAUGUUUUCAGAGCCCUGGCUUUGCAGGGCAUGAGGAAUCCCCACGGGGCGCAGCGUGGGGUGAUGCUCCUCAGCAGCGGCCCUGAAUGUGCUCGGAGUGAAGAGGAAGCAGGGAAACGCCGGGGACUGGCCCCAAAACUCUUGUCCCCAGGCAGCAGUGAUGGGUACCUUUCUGCCACAAAAACCUGGAGACAACGCUUGGAAAGAAAGAAUGGGGAGAAGGGUGGAGUUGUUAAAAAACGGAAUAACCGUCUCUCGCUAGAUGGCAGCAGGAAUGCGUUGCUGCUUCCGCGCACCCUGGGACCCUGAGUGCGGGCAGCUGGGGGACUGGAAGAGCUGGGGGCUCCUGGGCUGCUGUUCCCCACCAGGCUGGGGCAGGGGUUGUCCCUUCGCUGUCACCAAGCCUGUCCCUAACAGAAUGGAAUUAAAUCCUUCCUAGAGUGGUGGUGUUCCUCCUGUGCAAAAGGAAUUUGGAAUUUAUCCCUAGUCUCUGUGCAGACGUUUUUAUUGGCUCUAAGUGUUGACAGUUGUGUCCUUUGCUGGAUCCGCCAACAUCCCCUGCUCCCCUCUCUUCAGCUUUUCCAAUUUCUUUCCAAACCCGACCUGUCCAGGCAGAAACUGUGACCGGAGGCGUCUAGCAGCAGCUCAGGGAGCAAAGCCUCACGUGGGUCUGCAGCCCCCCUCAAUGAGCCCGGCUUUGCGUUCAGUCCCCAAACUUCUUUGCAGGCAGCAUCGCACUCCAGAUUUGCUCUGGAUGAGCCCCUUCCUCAGUGGACACCAGCUUUGGGGAUGGGAUGUGCUAGGCUGCUGUCCCCCCUGCCCCCCAAACCCCUCUGGGUGGAGCGCUCCCCCUGCGUUGUGUUACAGCCUGGCUGCCCCCAUGAAUGUUUGAUGGGCCGGGGCCGGCGUGGAGAGAGAGAUGAAAUAUCAAACCCCGCUUGCUGCCCGGCUUCCCCCCACAUGCUCAGCCACGGGGCUGUGGCAGCCGAUUUUCCCUUCCUUUGUCUGAAAAAAAAGAGGCUAGGGGGGGACAGGGAUCAAUCCCCACCCCUGCGGGACAGAGGCAAUGCUGCCAUUCCUAUAGCGUGCUCGCCUGUCCUCAGCACUUAGAUUGCAGGGGCCAAGAACGGUGGCAGCACCAGGUUCCCCCCCAGCCCUCACAAGGAAGCUUAUAAAUAAUAGAUGGUUAAUCUGGGCUGGGUCUAAUUCUCCAGGGGAAACCGGAGAGGAAGUUGGCACGGAGAGCGCAGCCCUGCUUCGCCA